CAAAACACUACUUUUGCGUUCGAUAAUCGAAAGUUUCGAUUUCAAGAUGGUGUAAGUGGGUGAGCACGUCACGUACCUGCUUGAAUAGUUUGGUUACUAGUUUUAAAUUAGUUGAUGAUUGUAUUUUCAUGACACAUACGUCAUAGUUAGAUGUCAAUGUCUCGUUUAUCAUCAUGGCGUAGUGGAGUGACUUUUCUAUGUCUAUAAUGAAAUGUACUACUGUGACCUAAUGAAUAAAUCUGAAUAUUUUACUAUUAACAUCUAAUGACAUAAAAUUUUCGGGCUUUAGUGCCCCUGCCAUAGGAAAUGAAUGGCAAUGAGGAAACAGAAGUUAAUGAACUAUGUAUUAUGGACUGCAAACCUUUAUUGACAU